CCUGCCCCGUUUGCCGGAACUCGCGGCUUCCGACGCCGAUUCCCACGCCGCUGGAUAAAGGAACAACUUCUCAACCCAGCUUCUCAACUUCAUUAAGAAAACCCAGCUUUUCAACUUCUGGAACCAGGGGAGACUAAGAAAAAGAACAACUUCAAAAUAUGAAGAUCCAGAGAGACAGAGUUAAGGAAGAACAUCAACUUGCACUGGAUCACAAGUCAUCACUGGAGAGCCACAUUGCAUCAUCCGAACUUAUGAUAAAGGAGUAUGAGCAGAAGAUCAUUGCUGAAUACAUAUGGAUUGGUGGAUCUGGCUUGGAAAACAGGAUUGUUCUGUUCUUUAACUGCUCUCUCUUCUCUCCUCUUCUCCAAGGGGCAAUUUUCUCCGAAGCUUCAGAGGGAAAAAACAGAGGAACCAUCAUAGAAGAAACACAGAGUGUACCUUAGAAACAAAGCAGAAGGAGUCUUUUGCUGGCAUUGAAACAGUUUAUUUCAAAAACAACCACACGCACACCAAGUGUUUGUUGGUUUGAUACAAAGUUGUGUUUGAAGAGGGAUCAGUACUUUGGGAGAACAACAAGCAUAGAGAAGUUGACAGUUUACACAUUGUUUCUCUUCACCCAAUUUCUCGCGAUAUUUCGUCAAAGGUGAAAGGUGUACAAGAAAAGUGUAUACAAACGUGUUCAUACACCGCCGAAGUAACGCAUUUUUACUGAUGUGGCAAUUUAUGAUUGAAUAUUGAAGUCACUUAAAUAUUGAAGUCGUUUGUAUGGUGGGAAAUUAAACGGAAGUUACUACAGAAUCUUUUGAGCCAUCACUCCUCUUCUCGCACUAUAUCCUUGUUCCUUCUGAUGAAAUUUCUCUCCUCUUCUGAAAUAUAAUCUUUUAAUUGCGCUAUCUUAAUCUCUUUUAGCUGAUAAUUCUGUUUGUUUUUAGCUAAAUUCUAAUGAGUAGGAGCAGAGGAUGCUGCAUCAUCUGGUGAUGGAAAAGUAGCAAAGGGUGAUCAAGCGAAGAAGAGGUUAAAGAAACGUCAUGGGUAUAGUAUUGAGCAAGAGUAUACUGUUCCAGAAAGACCUUAACUGGUGGCUUCCUUGGACCACAGGUAAUCUAACUUUCUUUUUUUUUUUCUUUUUUUUUUUAAUUUUUUUAAUCUCCUUUUUUGAUGAACUUUUUUAACCCUUUUUUUUAUUUUCCUUUCUCUGAGUUAAAGUUUGUCUCAAUUUAAGUUAGGGUUGCAUCUAUUACUGCAUUUUAUGUUGCCUCAAAUUGCUAACUCUUAGUAAUUUGUUUUGUCUUUUAUCCAAUUGUCCACUCAUGCGCGGAUUGAAUUUUUCUUAAUUUAUUUCAUUAAUAGUAAAUACCUAUGACUAUGAUCAAACAUUACAUCACCAUUUACCUAGUGCAUAUAUAUUUUAAUUUAGGAAAAGUAUAGGUAACUAAGUGUGUAAUCAGCCAAGAAUUAAACAACUCAAUUAAUUAUAAUUAUUAAUAAUUAAUUAUAAAUUUUUAAAUUAAAAUUUUAAUAAUUAAAAAUUGAUUAAGUAAACCUAAUUAAAAAUUAUAAAAAUCUUCUUUUUCUACAUCUGUAAUAUAAAAAAUUCGAAAAAUACGUUAAAAAAGAUCUAUUUAGUAUGAAAAAGAAACAUCAUAAUGCUUAGCAAAAGAAACAUCUAUAUAUAUCAACUUACCUUUGUUAAGACAGGCUUCAAGAUCCAGUUUAUUAGAGAGUUGGCAGAAGUUGGCUGGACCCUAAUUGGUUCCGUAGCAGAACUCUUUAAUUUAUUAGUGUUUAUCAACCUUUUUUUUAGGGCAAUUUACCUAAUUAAAUAAAUUGAGUGAAUCCUUUACCUAUAUACACACAACAGAAACUUGUUACGUACAUGUGCAUUUUUAUGUUUAUGUAAACCGUGGGAGCCAACCACGGUUUCAAUUUAAUACAUAAACCGUGGCUACUAGGCACGGUUUACUUGUGAAUGGAAUUCUUCAUAAACCGUGGCAAGCUACCACGGUUUACUAAGGGAGGCAAAUGCACAUAAAACGUCGUAAGCAACAACAGUUUAUGAAGGAGUUUGAGUAGGCAUAAACCUUUGUUAGCUGCAACGGUUUAUGAGGAGAGAAUUUUUAUAUAUAUGUGAAUGAGAUUCAAGCUGGUGAAGAGAUUAUUGUCACAAUGGCAAGUGAGGAAGAGAGUUUUCUUGUCUUAGUGCAUUGCUUUGGAAAAAUCCAAAAAAGCAAAAAAUAUGGUGUGAAGUUCACUGACAGAGAACCACUGAGUGUUUUCAUCAGUUCAUCAAGCACUUUGUCAGAUUUGAAGAACAGCAUCUUGCAGAAGCUUGGGGUAUUUGGUAGCAAGUGGGUGAAGAAGCCAUUCUACAAGAUUCCCAUCGCAGUUGUCUCGACCGGUGUUAAGUAUGAUACCUUUGUGCUAGCGGCUGAUGAAGAUAUUAGGGUUCUAUUUCAUUGUGUUAGGAGUUUUUCGAAGGUCAGAAUACACGAGUUGUUCGCGAAGUUGGAGGUUGGUGUCGAUAGUUCUGGGGCAUCAGCUCCAGUUCAUAGCUCGACUGCCGCGGGAGGUGCGUCUAGUUCGAUGCCUGUGGUUAGACCAUCUGUUCCGCUGGUCGCAUCCCCUUCAUUCGUGGCUGAGUUGGAUCGAACAGAGGUUGUUGGUUCUGUACCUUUGGAGAAUCCAGGGGUUUAUGAGCAGGCAUAUGAGGUGGGCACCGGUGGUGGCUUGAUUCAUGAUAUGGAAGGCUUUGGAGAACCGGACCGAGUAGAGAAUGCAAUGUGUGACGACGACUCUGACCAGGAGCCUGUAGAUAUCGUUGGGGACAGCGAUGAUGGCACAGGUGCCAAUCCACAUACACAGCAUGGGCAUUCAAGUUCUGGCACUCAGCAGUACCCUCCACACUUCUCCACUCUUAACUUGGAGGCUCUGGGUCAACAGGCAGACGGUGGUCCUACAGUUGGGGGCUCUUCUACAGAAUUUCAGAUUGGGCAAUCAUUCCAGAAUAAAAAUGAGGCUGUUUUGAGUGUGAAGGACUACAGCAUCCGUCGAGGUGUUCGGUACAGAGUCAUCGAAUCAGAUCAUCUGAAGUAUCAUGGUAAAUGCAAAGAGUUUGGGAAGGGUUGUAUUUGGUUGAUUCGCGUAGCGCUACAUGCACAAAAGGGCACUUGGGAGGUUAGGAGGUACAACGAGCCAUACACUUGCUUGGCAACCUCCAUUUCUAGUGAUCACUGUCAGCUGGAUUACCACGUUAUCUGUGCGAGGAUUCUUCCCUUGGUUAGGGCAGAUGCUGCGGUUACGGUAAAGGUCUUGCAACAAGCUACAGAAGUCGAUUACGAUUUCAGGCCUAGUUAUAGGAAGGUUUGGAUGGUCAAACAGAAGGCAGUGGCACAAAUCUAUGGAGAUUGGGAAGAGUCGUACGCGGAGUUGCCACGUUGGAUGCUAGGGGUACAGUCGACCAUGCCUAGGACAAUUAAUGUGUUGAAGACCUCUCCUGUUCAACUUGGGGGUGAGGUUGAUGAGUCAACCGUGUACUUUCAUCGACUUUUCUGGACAUUUCCACCCUGCAUUGAGGCAUUCCGGCAUUGCAAGCACCGUGAGUAUUGACGGUACCCAUUUGUAUGGCAAGUAUGGAGGCACGCUGCUGCUGGCGAUAGCACAUGAUGGGAACUCGAACAUCCUCCUAAUAGCCUUCGCCCUUGUAGAGGGUGAAAAUGCAGAGUCAUGGGCAUUCUUCUUAUCCAACCUACGAUCGCAUGUGACGCCACAAGAAGGUCUCCUUGUUAUCUUUGACAGGCAUAAUGACAUCAAGGCUACACUUGAGGCCCCUGAGACUGGAUCGCUGCCUCUACGUGCUUUUCGAGCAUACUGUAUUCGUCAUGUGGCUGUGAAUUUUGUGCUUACCUUCAAAGGUAAAGAUGCAAGAAGGAUGUUGGUCAAUGCUGCCUACGCAAAAAUAGAAGCAGAGUUUUAUUACUGGUUUGACAUCAUGCGGACUGAGAAUCCGGCAAUGUGUGACCGGGCCAACCGGAUGGAAUACGAAAAAUGGACGCAACACUAGGAUAGUGGUAGACGGUUCGAGCACAUGACAACCAGCAUUAGUGAAUGUGUGAACUCCAUGUUAAAGGGAACUCGUAACCUCCCGGUCACAUCGUUGGUUAAGUCCACUUACGGGAGGCUUGCUGAGCUAUUCGUGUUCCGCGGACAGACAGCAGAGGCACAACUUGGAUCUGGACAUGAAUUUUGUUAGGCGUUGGUCAAGGCUAUUGAUCGGAACAUAAGAGACUCAAGGUGCUUCACCGUGACUUUAUAUGAUAGGCACCAAUCAGAGUACACGAUGGCUGAGACAACACCGACCGGGAACUUCUCGCUAAGGAGCUACAGAGUUUCUCUUAAGGAUCACACCUGCGAUUGUGGCCACUUUCAGGCUCUCCAUUAUCCAUGUUGUCACUUCAUUGCAUGUUGUGCCUACUCGCGCCUAAAUUGGGCGUCAUAUGUUCACGAGGUGUAUGAACCGAAAAUAUUAAACCGUACCUGGAUGCAAGCGGAAACCCGAAUCCAUCAAACCCACUAGGCCUCAAAGUGGGAAACCUUCAGAAAAUCCAAGACUGUAGAAGCUGUAGUGGCCCGGCCAAGUUAACGUUUCUGUUUGUCCCACGACAAAGACAUCUAUACAACCACGCCAGUGCCGCCGAGCUCCAGCUAUAUCUGCCCAACUCGUCCAACGAUGCCAAAUAAGGAAACCAGCAAAGGUGGACCCGGUUUGCGUUCUUGUCCGCAAACAGCUGAGAGGACAACAACAUCAGAAUAUAGGCACGCGCGUAUAUACGCACGGUCUCCUCACUAGCAUCUGCUGGGAGAACCCGGAACCUCUCAUGGAACCAUGUGUAGCACACUGUCAUCUGCUUGACUUUACUCUGCAGAGGUAACUCCCCAAACAACUCGUGAAAUCACACCCAUGCCGGUCUUCCGUUUUCCAUCAGAUUCUCAAACUCAGUCAGGCACCCACUGACGGGCUCCCCAUCGAUCGGCAAACCUAGCUGAUAUGCCACAUCUUGCAAAGUGAUAGUGCACUCCCCAAAUGGCAUAUGAAAGGUGUGGGUCUCAGGACGCCACCGCUCAAUAAAUGCGCUAAGUAGAGGCUCAUCAAUCCAGAACCAGUGAUUGUUCAGCCUAGCCAAAUGAUACAAGCCGGCGGUCUCCAGAUACGGUAUAAUCCGGUCGUGUAAAGGCAUAUUCUGCUGUCUCCUAAUGCCGCUAAUAACCCUAGUAGGCUGCAAAAUGUGGGUAACAAAAUCCCUCAACAUACGACCAAUACUAAUAACAUCAAACAUAGUGUAGAAAAAAUUAUUAGAUACCGACUUUGGUUUUCUAUUUCCUCUAAUAAAUAGUAAUAACAACAACGAAACAAUAGGAAUAACAACAAUACCAACAGAAAUAAUUCUACUAACAAUAACAAUAAUUAUAAUGCUAACACCUCCCAAUUCUAGCACAAAAUAAAAGUAGUAAUAAUAACUAUCAUUAUCAUAAUAGUAACAAACAUUAUAAUAGUAAUAAUGAUACAACUACUACUGCUACUAUGAAGUCAUAAUAACAAAUUAAAAUAAAAAUAAUAAUAAUAAUAAUAAUAAUAAUAAUAAUAAUAAUAAUAAUAAUAAUAAUAACUAACCUCUUCGUCGAUGUAUCCAGCCACGUGAACAACGCUAUUUAGUCGAUACAAGCGAGCUUCGUCCUCCAUGGCUCCACGACUCAAAUCUCACCAAAACCUUCCAAACCUCUCCCUGAAACUCUCUCAACCCCCAAGCUCUUUCAAUUUUUGUUUCAGCACAAAUGAUCCGUCAUGACCAUCAACAGAUUAUGUAUUUAUACUACUUAGCAUGUAAACUGUGGAAACCAAGGAAGGUUUACGUUCAAGGCCUCCUCUUCAUAAACCGUGGGAAGCAACCACGGUUUAUGCCGAAGUUUUUUUCCUUCAUAAUCCGUGGUAGGUAGCCACAGAUUAUGCCAAAUCUCUUCCAACCAUAAACCUUCGUAGCCUUGAUAAACCACUAUUUUAUGGUUUAUCUUGUGCUCAAUUGAGUGGAUUUUAUCAAUCUUUCAUACACUUAUCCAUACAAAAUGCAUGGUUUUAUAAUUUC